AUGGCAGAAGAUGAACCGAGAUUCCGUGUGGUCAUUGUGGGCGGUUCAAUCGCCGGACUCACCCUUGCACACUGUCUAUUGAGAAACAACAUUGACUUUGUCGUGUUGGAGUCCCAUGCCGAUAUUGCGCCCCAGGUUGGUGCUUCUAUCGGUAUUCUCCCAAACGGCGCGCGGAUUCUGGACCAGCUUGGCCUUUACGAUGAGGUCCUGAAUGAAAUCGAGCCGCUUCGCACUUCCUUCGUCUGGGCGGAUUCUGCCAAGUGCAUAACAAAGUCAAAUGCGCCCGCCCUCGUUCACAAGAGACACGGUUAUCCCACCUCAUUCUUGGACCGCCAGAUUCUGCUCCGGAUCUUGUACGAGGGUCUCGUCGACCACAAAGACCGUGUUCUGGUGAAUAGCAAAGUCACCAGGGUGGAGCAUCUUCCAGAAAAAGUCGCGGUUUAUUGUGAAGAUCAGUCUGUUUAUGAAGGUGAUGUGGUCGUUGGAGCCGACGGUGUACGGAGUACAGUAAGACAAGAGAUGUGGGACUACAUGGAGUCUCGGGGUAUGAAACAGGAGGCCUACGAGGAACGGAACUUGAUGACGUCCGAGUACAAUUGCGUGUUCGGGAUAUCCACGGCCACCCCGGGGCUAACUCCGGGACAUAUUCAUCGAACCUUCGCAGAGCACUAUUCGAUCCUAACAAUUGUUGGUAAGGAGGGACGCGUCUUCUGGUUUUUCUUCACAAAGAUGGACCGAGUGUACUCCGCAUCUCAGAUCCCCAGGUUCAGCCAGAAUGAAAUCGACGACCAUAUCGCCCCUUAUCUGCACAAGCCCAUCACAUCAGAGGUGCCUCUCUCCGAGAUUGUCAAGAGAUCGAUUGUGAGAACAUUUGUAUCGUUGGAGGAGGCAUUCUACAAGCAUUGGUGUGUGGACCGAUAUGUUUGUAUCGGUGACUCGGCUCAUAAGAUGACACCCAACAUGGGCCAGGGCGGUAACACUGCUAUCGAGAGUGCUGCAUCUCUUGCUAACAGCCUCGCUGUGUUAGCCCGUGCCUCUGAUCAUGCAAAGAUUGGAGUCCAAGAUAUCCACCAGUGCUUGCAAGCAUGGCAGAAGCCCCGCCAAGAGCGCGCGAACAAGAUUUGGGUGUCAGCUCAUGAAUUAACUCGGCUGGAGGCUUUGGCAGGUCCGAAGCACAAGCUAAUCGGGCUGUAUCUCCUUCCAUAUCUCAGCCAAUACCUAGUCGAUAGAACGUCCGCUACAAUUGUCGGAGCAGCCAAACUUGAUUGUGCACCUCUACCGCGAAGGUCAUUGGAGUGCUCAAUGCCGUAUUUGAACGGCGACAUCCAUGCUUUGAGCAAGAUGGACAACCAAUGGAAGCGUGUUCUUUCCACUGCUCCCUUACUCGGCUGCUACGCUGCUGCCACGAUGACAAUGGGAACAUUGAUUACUCGUGUACGGCCCUUAAUGGUGCCCCUGUUUUCUGAAGGUGUAUGGUCCGCAAGCAAUGGGGAGGUCGUUAGUCUGACCAGACCCAUCUAUCAUGUUCCGUUUCUGGACAAACUCUUCCGGCCUCUGAUUACAUGCUUCCUGCCCUCUAUCAGCGGGUCUGAUGCCCAAUCCCGCACCCAAAUGCUAUCUUUCAUGACCGACAUUGGCCCCAUAUAUGGGAUCUGGAUGUUGGAAAGCUACCGCCAGGCCCAUUCCUGGACAGAGCUUCUGCUUCCGAUUGGUGCCGGUAUCGCCUUUCAGCUGAAAGGAAUCGGGAAACUGGCGCCCAUCUACUACGCCUUGGAGCACAUCCGCACACCUCUUGCCAAACUUCUACCUGGAGCGAAGCAUCUGGUGGGGUCUGAGACUUCAACUUCCCUCCUGGCAGCCAUGUUGGCGGGAUACUACCUGCCGACAUUUGCAAAUUUCGUAGCUCCGACCAUUGAAUCGCGUUGCUUCUACAAUGCAGUGUGGCAAUUGUUCCCGGCUGUCGUACCUCUGUUGCAGGCUCCUCUGCGUCUCCUGGCUAAGCGCUUUCUUGAAACCGAACAAAAGGAAUUACAACGGGACACGCGGAAGAAGGAUAUGCGCUAUGUCCGGUACGCAUAUAGAGCGUUUGCUCUGAUCUCUGGUCUCACGUUUAUACAUGCGCGGUUCACCGUACCGGCUGGCGCGUCGUUUGCCGGAGCCUUCUUGCCUGGUUGGAGAGACCAUCUGGAGCCAGUCAAAUCGUUCGCUGGGGGGAUCGCGCGGUUCCUCCAGUAUGACGAGGUGAUCUCGAUGGCCAGUGGAUUCAUUUGGCUUGGGCUGAAGUUUGGAGAGCUGAAGAAGGCGGGGGCUUCUUUCUCGUGGGGGAAAGCUAUUGGUGGUCUGGUUGGAACGACCUGCACUUUUGGUCCCGGGGCUGCGUUUGCGCUUGGUUGGGGAUGGAGAGAAGAGAUGCUGGAGAAGCUGGCAGAUGAGGAUAGUAAGGGUCAGAUGAAUAUGGGUUGA